AUGCGAGAAACAAUAUCUAAUAAUUCUAAAGUAAAUCCUAACUCAGUAUUUUGGGUGUUGACAAUUCCAGCUAUAUGGUCUGACUCGGCCCGACAAUUCAUGCGCGAAGCAGCAGCAGAAGCUGGUAUACCACGUGACAGAAUUCGGCUGGUUCGGGAGCCAGAAGCUGCUGCUAUCUUCUGGAAGAAAGGAAUGCAGACUUCAGGAAACCUGAACAUCAAAAAGUUAUCGGUCGGCAAUAAGUAUAUUAUUGCUGAUCUUGGAGGAGGACUCGUCGAUAUUUGUGUACAUGAAAUACUUCCAGACGACAGAUUUCGAGAGCUGCACAAGGCAACCGGAAAUGAUCUUGGCGGGAAUUCCGUUGACAAUAUGUUCAUCCAAUUUUUAAUGAAGGUAGUGAGUGACAAAGUCUGGAAAAUAUUUUUUCGGCAACAGUAUUUCGACUUUGUUAAACUUAUGAGAAGCUUUGAGGAAUUCAAAAGAAAGUUUGACACAAAAACCGAGAAAAUCGUCAUUGAGCUUCCGGCGUCCCUCAUCAAACUAGCGGAACAAAAUGCCAGAUCUACCUUUUCUGACAUUGUGAAGGCUGUUGAAGAACAUGAAUAUGUUACUGUUGUAGAUGAAACAAAAUUGCAUCUUAAGAAGGAAAUAGUUGAAAGUUUUUUCAAGCCCUCCGUAGACGGGAUCGUAAGCAUGUUAACAGAUAUAUUGAAAGAAUGUAGUAAUACAGAAAUAAACAAUUUGAUACUAGCAGGUGGAUAUUCCGCAUCUCCAUACGUUACAGAGUUUAUAAAAAUGGAAAUGGCGCGAAUGGAUGUUACACAUGUGCGGGAACAAGAGCUAGCCGUACUCAAAGGCGCCGUAUUGAUGGGCUUCGAGCCUACCGAUAUUAUAGAAAGAAGAGCGAGAUAUACGUAUGGGUUUGCUAUUGCGCGACCAUUUGAAGAGAAGAUUCAUCCGAGAAAAUUGAAGUUUUAUAGAGACGGGAAAGUUCUGUGUAGGGAUAUUUACCACAAGGUUAUAGAUAAAAAUCAGCUUUUGAAAGUUGGUGAUACAUUUAAAGUUGAAACAAGAAAUAACGACAGAAAAUUCUUCAAAUUCAAGCAACGCGAGGCAUGCGCACAACUGUUUCGUUCCACUAAAGAUGAUCCGAAAUACUGCACAAAGGAAGACGGUUGUACCGAAGUAUUCUCUUCGAAAAUUGAGGCACCGGAAAGGGGUUGGUCCGAGAGGCUUUGUACCGAUUAUGUUCUUGUUGUCGGUGACACUGACUUUGAAGUUCUUGCGUUUGAUAUAUUCUCUGGAAGAAAAUACACCACAAGAAAAGAAAUCUUGUAA